AUGUCAGUCAGAAUGGCUCCUCCCCUUCCUCUGAUCUUCCUGCUCAUGAUUCACAAGGUUUCUAGUGCUGAUUGGGGUGUAAAAUACAGUCCUUCACACAUCUGUGCAUUAAAAGACUCAUCAGUGAUAAUGAGCUGCACUUAUACAUACCCUACUGGACAUCAGAUCAGGAAAGUGUUCUGGAACAAAGACCUUGUAGAACAUGGAGAUGAGUUUCCAGAUCUGUCUGUGGACCCUGAAUACAGUCAGAGGCUUCAGUAUCUGGGAGAUAAACAGCAGAACUGCACCAUCAGACUGAGUCAUGUGACAAAGAAAGAUGAACAUGAGUAUUAUUUCAGAUUCAUUACUAAUGUAACAGAAGGAAGAUGGACUGGUAAACCAGGAGUAACUCUUAAUGUCACAGAUCUUCAGCUGGAGUCUCCUGAGAGAGUGACAGAGGGAGAUUCAGUCCGUCUGACAUGUAACAGCAGCUGUAAUCUGACUGACACACCAACAUUCAUCUGGUACAGAAACUCAGAGAGAUUGACUGAGAGAAGCAAUGAACUCCUGCUGCAGUCAGUAAGAAGAGGAAAUGCAGGCAGAUAUAGAUGUGCUGUACAUGGACACACACUCACAUCUCCUGACGUCUAUCUCAAUGUUAUGUAUUCACCCAGGAGUGUCUCAGUGUCCAUCAGUGGAUCUGCUGUAAUAAUGUCUGGAGACUCAGUGACUCUGAGCUGCAGCAGUGACUCAAACCCUCCUGCAAAAUUCUACUGGUAUAAAGGAAUAGAAUAUGUUAAAUAUGGAAGAAUCUUCAACAUCUCCAAGAUCAGCUCUGAUGACAGUGGAGAAUACAAGUGUAGAGCCUUCAGUGAAAGUGGAGAGAAAUACUCUGAUCCUGUGACUUUAGAUGUCCAGUACCCUCCCAGGAACGUCUCCGUGUCUAUAAGUGGAUCUGCUGUAAUAAUGGAGGGAGAUUCAGUCAGUCUGAUGUGCAUCAGUGACUCAAACCCUCCUGCUCUGAACUUCAGCUGGUUUAAGGAGAAUCAAAGCUCAGCUGUUGGAUCUGGACAGAGUUUCAGUGCAGUACAGAGUGGACGCUUCUACUGUGAGGCUCACAAUCCACAUGGAGCUCAGAGAUCAGACGCCGUCACUGUCACUGUUAAAGGACGUCCGCUGAUAUUAUACACAUCUAUUGGAGUGGGUUGUGGAGCUGCAGUUGUCAUUUUGAUGUUGCUGAUUUGGAAAAGCAGGAUGAAGAGGAGAAAUGGUACAGAGGAGUCUCAGGUGAGAAAAUAG